CGCAGCUUUUCUGUCAGAUGAUCUUUUCUUUGCAGUCAUGGGAAAAGCCGAAGGGUCCGUGGCCAGGGAAGAGUGGCACGGCCACGUCACCGCGCUCUCGGUGGCCCCCGAGUUUCGCCGGUUGGGGCUGGCUGCUAAACUGAUGGAGCUGCUGGAGGAAAUCUCCGAAAGAAAGGGUGGAUUUUUUGUGGAUCUCUUUGUGAGAGUAUCCAAUCAGGUUGCGGUGAACAUGUACAAGCAACUGGGCUACAGCGUGUACAGAACAGUGUUAGAGUACUACUCAGCCAGCAGUGGAGAACCGGACGAAGAUGCCUAUGACAUGAGGAAAGCCCUGUCAAGAGAUAAAGAGAAGAAAUCAAUUAUACCGUUACCACAUCCUGUCAGACCAGAAGAUAUUGAAUAAGUCGAUUCUGCGGUUGCUGUAAAAUAGAUCGAGAAUAAAAACCUGUAGAUAAAUGGGAACAAUCAGGAUAUAUUUAAUGCAACUGGGAGCUUUGGAAGAAAAAGAGAGAGAGAAAGAGAGUAUAUGCAAAUAUCAAAUGUUUUCACUUUUAGCCUGCGCUUCUAAAUCUUGUAAUGCCCCCCCCCAAAGCCAGAAACAAUCUUAUAACUUCCAUAUUUCUCACGAUUCGAUUUUAAAAAAUAUUAAUAAACCCAAAGGCCUCAUUUCUAAGAAGGCAGGACGGCU